AGAUGUGAGCCAUUGGAUUAACUUCUAAUUAACCAUGUGCCUAAAUCUUCCUAGAGGGUAUCGAAGUCAAUACGUUUCUUUCCAAUUCACGGUCAUCUCUAUCUUAGAACUGUUUCCCUAUUAUUUAGGAAGUGAUAACAUUUUCUCUAUUAAUUUCCUUUCCAAAUCACGUUUCUUAAUUUCCAUUAUUCUAAUCUUCAUCGUCGACUCAUCUCUUUAGCGUGUCAAGUAGGAUGACUUUUGGAACAAGAUCAUCUCCUCUCUAUGGAUGCUAACCUGCAUUGCCCUCGGAGAGCAAGCCCGGCGGCUAGAGGAGUGGCGCCUUCGCAAGGCUGAGCAGGAUGCUAAGAUGCGGGAGCUCAUCCGCCAGAAUGCCGAUGUUGUCCGACAGAUGGCUAUGCUGGAGGAGAGCCUUCGGCAGAUGACCCUGCGGGCGGAGGCCACAGAUCGGGGCAGGGCGGAGGCUGAAAGGUCCGCAGCUGAGGCCCUUGAGAGAGCUGUCGGGGAGGUCGAGGCCGCCAAGAUGGAGGCCGAGGCCGCUAAGGUGGAGGCCGUCGAGAGAGCCUGAGGGAACGCCAUCUCUGGGUUCUUGGCAGGGGGGGUGGCGAGCUGAGGAGCACAAGCAAUGGCUGUCCUCGGUCGUUGAGUCCUCGGUCGACGAGUGGUGCGACGGGCCUGGAGUGGAGUGGGUUUCCCGAAAGGGUAAACAGUAUUAUGAUGGGGGCGAGUUUUUCACCCAAGCCCUCAUCUACCGGAGGAUGGCUCGCCACUUGAAGAUUGAGCCAAAGGACUUCGACCCGGCGGCAUAUGGGCUUCCCCCCUGCAGCCAGACGUCCGCGUUCCUCUCCCCUCCGAUGUCGAGAGGCCAGACCUAGAGGAUACAGAGCUCAUGAAGGAAGCCGAAGGUGACGAUCCUGAGGACGGAACACAGGUCACUUCAAAGCCUGCGGAGGGGACGGCCCCCGGGAAUGUUGAUCUCUAAUUUCUUAUUUUAACAUGUUUUGAACAAUCCCUCUGUAAUGAAUGUUUGAAUGCCCUCGGCCUUUGGCCAUGCUCUGUAACAAAUACAUUUGAAUCCCUUCUUUUUGAUGGAUGAAUGAUUGCCUUCGGGCUUUGUAUAUAUGGUUUGUUUU